AGAGAGCGUAACAAUGCUAGAUAUAUUCAAACAAGCUCUACGGUAUGAUCCAACAUCGAAUCCACUGAAGCAUUUGAUGGUUCUGCAUCGCAUUAUCGGUUUCAAUCUAAGCAGCCCGCUGGCGAACAGAGUUUCACGUCUUUCCAUGAUCCUAGCUGGAAUGCAUGCUCUGUGCUUCGUCUACCGUGUUUACAUGGUCGCGAAGAAGGACCUGGGAUUUGAGUACUACAUAGCAGCGCUGAACGUCGUGGGAGGAUACAUUUUCGCUGUGAUUCGUAUGACGGGAUUUGCAUGGAAUUACGAUGGUUUCCGAGGAAUUUGUCGCUUCUUGCAAGAUCACACGUUCCAGAGACACGACUUGAGAGCACAGCGUCUUCGCGAACAAUGUUACAAGAACAACCAGAAAUUUACCAUUGGCAUGUUAGUGGCUUCGGUCCAUGCGAUCAUGUUUUUCAUCUUAACCGACUAUCGCACUACGGAUCAAUAUGAAAUACCGUUCGAGUUGAGCUUUCUACAUCCUGCGAUCAAGUCCAUCUUCAAUGCACUCUUCGGAUUAUACCUCUACGUAAUAGCAUCGUACUUCUGGAUCCCGUUCAUAACUAUUCGCGUUGUCAUUCAUACAUUAUGCGUGGAAUUGGAGAUCGCCAACGAAGCUUUCGGGAAACUGUUUACAGUAGCCUGCGAUCGUACCGACUUACUCAUGACUCACCACAGCGCCAGCUCGUCGCGAUCUCAACAACUCACGGAUCAACUCAGAGCUGAUCUAUUUUGGCUGAGCGUACGCAGUGAGUUACGAGAGCUCGUCGAUCACCACCGGGAGCUGUUGAUCAACGUCGAUCGUCUGUGUCAACUGGCUGCCAUGCCGUUCCUCUCGGAAACCAUGUCCUGCAUCCUGAUUUCAUCGAUCUCGGUAUUCUUUCUGUUGAACGGAGAAAGUCUUAGCCUGGUGGCCAUUUCGUGCGUCCUCAUGUUCGAGAGUUUCUACGCCAGCUCGUUGGUGGAGGCGUUGCAGGAUGUCCACGGAGAGAUGGGUACCGUGAUCUACGCGCUCGCAUGGCCUACCGAGAUGCGGUACGAUCGCAGGAAUCAUUGUCACUACAAGUACGUCAGCAGGGUGCUGCAGGUUGUGCUGAUGCGGUCGCAGCGUAGAUUGCGCUUCCACUGCGGUGGACUGUUCGAGAUGUCCCGGGGAACGUUCACCUUCACGGUGAAGACUUGCUACACGAUGUUGACCUUCCUGUUGCGAAUGCAGGACGUCUAGAGUGUACAAAUUAAUGCUUAAUUCACGUUGAGUACCCAACGAGGUAUAGUUAACCUAUGUACUAGUACAUUCACAAUGCAUAACUAGUAAUGUGACGUUAGCAUUUUGUUGAUGGAAUUAGAUCUUUCUCGUCAGAACCACCGUGUUUUAC